CGUCACGUACAAAAUGCCAGUGUGACCGGCUCUCCAGCUUCGCCAUUUUGGCUCAGCUCUCGUCAGAUUCGAACAUGGACAAAGUGAUCCUGCCUUCGGUCACUCUAAUUGUUGGCUGUGGAGUUUCCUCGUUGACUCUCCUACUGCUAAUCAUUAUUUAUGUAUCUGUCUGGAGGUACAUUCGGUCAGAACGGUCGGUAAUUUUAAUAAACUUCUGCCUGUCAAUCAUUUCAUCAAAUGCUCUUAUCCUGAUAGGACAAACUCAGACAAGAAAUAAAGUAAUCUGUACCCUAGUGGCAGCGUUUCUGCAUUUUUUCUUCCUUUCAUCAUUCUGCUGGGUGCUGACAGAGGCCUGGCAGUCAUAUAUGGCUGUCACAGGAAGAUUACGAAAUCGAAUCAUCAGGAAACGGUUUCUUUGUCUGGGAUGGGGUCUUCCAGCCCUAGUUGUGGCAACAUCUGUUGGAUUUACCAAAUCAAAGGGAUAUGGAACAGUGAACUAUUGCUGGCUCAGCUUGGAAGGUGGUCUUCUCUACGCUUUUGUGGGACCUGCGGCUGUUGUUGUUUUGGUGAACAUGGUUAUUGGCAUUCUGGUAUUUAACAAACUUGUAUCCAAAGAUGGAAUAACAGAUAAGAAACUGAAGGAACGGGCAGGGGCAUCUCUUUGGAGCUCUUGUGUUGUCCUGCCACUUUUAGCGCUGACCUGGAUGUCUGCAGUGUUAGCCAUCACCGAUCGAAGAUCAGCCCUCUUUCAGAUCCUCUUUGCUGUCUUUGACUCUUUGGAAGGCUUUGUCAUUGUAAUGGUCCACUGCAUUUUGAGAAGAGAGGUUCAGGAUGCGGUGAAGUGUAGAGUUGUAGACCGGCAAGAGGAGGGAAACGGAGACUCUGGGGGAUCAUUUCAGAAUGGACAUGCGCAAUUAAUGACUGACUUUGAAAAGGAUGUAGAUAUGGCAUGUAGAUCAGUUUAUCAAGGUGAAGGAUGUCAGCGCUGGGGAGUGGAACACUUUUCUACUUUGAGAAAGCAGUGUCAGGAUCAAGCACUCCCAGUUUUAAAUAAAGAUAUUAACGCCGUCAGAACAGGAACUCUGACAGGAACUCUAAAACGCUCAAUGGUCCACGAGGAAGAAAUGAAAAUGAAGUUUAACCAUCAAAAGUUGUCCGGUUUCUCAAGUCUUCCAGCGAAUGUGUCGAAGAUGCAUCUGCAGGGAUCGCUGAACUAUCCAGGUUCAUUAAACAUGAACGAAUUCAGUGACCACACCUUGAAAAUAAAUAAGAGCGAGCAGCCGAAAUCCGUAUAUAUAUGCGACGGUGACAUUUUCAAGCAGUUAGACUCGGAACUAGCACGAGCACAAGAACAAGUCAUAGAUGCUAACUAUGUCAUCUUGCCCACCAACACCUCGACCCUGAGGCCCAAACCAAAAGACGAAAGCAAAUAUAAUAUUAACAUUAGUCAAUUGCCCCAGACUAGACUCAUUCAUCUCAAUGCAGACAGUGGGUUUUGUGCAAAAAACUCACCAAUGGAUCACGUUAACAUUGCUUGCAAUGAAAGGGCUUCUCCUGGCCACCAGAUACAGAAUUCUGCAAAUGAAACACAACUCCCCAAUAACCUUUGUGAUACAGGUGAUUCAGGGAACUCAGGGAUGGUAUCCAAAAGUGAGACAGUUUCUACAUUAUCCACAAGCUCAUUGGAGAGCCCUAAGUCCCAGAAUAAUCCUAGUCGCGCCUCCCUGAACUCUCUCCAAUGUGUCAGUGUACCGUUGAAGAGAAGAAAAUCUCGAUAUGCUGAGUUAGAUUUUGAGAAAAUAAUGCACACACGAAAACGGCAUCAAGACAUGUUUCAGGACCUCAACAGGAAACUUCAGCACGCUGAGAAAGAUAGAGAGUCUCCCACAAUAGACAGCAAAGCAGUGAAACGAUGGAGUGUUUCAUCAGCAGGAAGUGAUAAAACCAAUCUCAGUCAAGAGAAGCAGACUCCAAUCAAGCGGCCUUGGGAAGGAAUCCGAAAGGUACAAUCUCCACCCGCAUGGAUUAAAAAGGAACUGGAUCCCACCCAUCAGUCUCCCUUAGAAAUGAGAACGGUGGAAUGGGAAAAAACAGGAGCCACAAUACCACUUGGUGGACAGGACAUCAUUGAUCUUCAGACUGAAGUCUGACCUGAGGAGUGACUUUUUUUUUAAACUUUAAAACAGAUUGGUUUCUUUUGAAACCUUAUUACAGUACAGAAAUCUUGUUCUCAGAGAGAUAUUGUUUUAAACCUUGUGAUGCAGUCAGCGUCGUGUUGUCUCACUACGGUGAGAAAACACGUUAGCGAACACAGUAACCGUAGUCCAGAAACUCUUAUCAAAGACAGUA